UAGACCGAGGACCGGUGGGACGCAGGGGGCUUGAGUGGGCCGGUCGCCUGUCCAGGAGCCUAGACAAGGGGGAGCCCAAGGGCCUACUGACACCAGGCAACCCCAAGAUGGAGCUCAGGGACCCCGAGAACCAGGAGGAUGGGGACCCAGAGGAGGACACAGCCACGGCCCUCCAGCGGCUGGUGGAGCUGACAGCCGCCAGGGUGACCCCCGUGAGGAAUCUGCGUGCCCAGUAUCGCCUCAUCCGAAAGCUUGGCUCGGGCUCCUAUGGCCAAGUGCUCCUCGCCCGGCCUCGCCAAGGGGGUCCAGCUGUGGCUCUGAAGCUCCUACGUCGGGACUUGGUCCCGAGAACCACCUUCCUGAGGGAGUUCUGCGUGGGCCGCUGCGUCUCCUCACAUCCGGGCUUGCUCCAGACCCUGGCGGGACCCCUGCAGACCCCCCGGCACUUCGCCUUCACCCAGGAGUACGCGCCCUACGGGGAUCUCAGCGGGAUGCUGCAGGAGCGGGGCCUCCCCGAGCUGCUGGUGAAGCGGGUGAUGGCCCAGCUGGCCGGGGCCCUGGACUUCCUGCACAGCCGCGGGCUGGUGCACGCCGACGUGAAGCCGGACAACGUGCUGGUCUUCGACGCGGCCUGCAGCCGCGUGGCCCUCGGCGACCUGGGCCUGACCCGGCCGGAGGGCAGCCCGACCCCGGCGCCCCCCGGGCCGCUGCCCUCCGCCCCGCCCGAGCUCUGCCUCCUGCUGCCCCCCGGCACGCUGCCCCUGCGGCCCUCGCUGGACUCCUGGGGCCUGGGGGUGCUGCUUUUCUGCGCCGCCACGGCCUGCUUCCCCUGGGGCGUGGCCCUGGCCCCGGACCCCCAGUUCGAGGCCUUUGCUGGCUGGCUGACCGCCCGGCCCCAGCCGCCUCGGCCGCCCCGCCCGUGGGACCGGUUCGCGCCCCCCGCGCUGGCCCUGCUCCAGGGCCUGCUGGACCUGGACCCCGAGACCAGGAGCCCCCCACUGGCUGUCCUGAACUUCCUGGGGGACGACUGGGGGUUGGAGGGGGACAGGGGGGGACCCGGAGGCUCGGGGAGUAUAUCGGGGGAGGAUGGGGAGGAGGAGGAGGAGGAGGGGGGUUCAAGCUUGGAGGAGUGGACAGAGGAGGAGGAGGAGGGGGAGGGGGACCCAGGUGGCGUGAGGAUGGGGACAGAUGGGGGAACUCCCGGACCAGGUGACUGAGACAGGUGGCCGGCCCCGAGCCAGAGGCCCCUCCCGCAGCCUCCGCAGCCACCUGGAUGCCCGACAGCUGGACAGACACAGCCCAUCGGCGCUCCCUCUGGAGGCCGGACAUGGCUGCACUAUCCCC